UUCUCUUUUCCUGGAUUUCUCGUAGGGAAUGGGGAAAGCUUCCAAAGAUAAGAGGGAUAUCUACUACCGCAAAGCUAAAGAGGAGGGAUGGCGAGCGCGGAGUGCUUUCAAGCUUCUUCAAAUCGAUGAGGAGUUCGAUAUCUUCAGAGGAGUGAAGCGAGCUGUUGAUCUCUGCGCAGCUCCUGGUAGCUGGAGUCAGGUGUUGAGCCGAAAGCUAUAUGUUCCUGCUAAAUCGUCACCAGAGAGCAGAGAUGGUGAUCUUCCUCUUAUUGUUGCAAUUGAUUUGCAACCCAUGGCCCCAAUAGACGGUGUUAUACAAGUCCAGGGUGAUAUCACCAAUGCUCGAACAGCUGAAGUGGUCAUCAAGCAUUUUGAUGGAUGCAAAGCUGACUUGGUUGUCUGUGAUGGUGCUCCUGACGUCACAGGACUUCAUGAUAUGGAUGAAUUUGUUCAGUCGCAACUUAUAUUGGCAGCGCUAACAAUUGUUACUCAUGUGCUUCGAGUUGGUGGAAAAUUUGUGGCUAAGAUUUUCCGAGGGAAGGAUACAAGCUUACUCUAUUCUCAACUAAAACUAUUCUUUCCUAAUGUGACAUUUGCAAAACCAAAGAGUAGCCGCAACUCAAGUAUUGAGGCAUUUGCAGUUUGUGAGAAUUAUUCCCCGCCUGAAGGAUUUAAUCAGAAAGAUCUAUACCACCUACUGGAGAAAGUGGGCACCCCUUGUGGAAGUGAUAAUUUAGAUUGUAGUAGUGGGUGGUUAGAGGGGGCAAACAAGGUGUACAUUCCAUUCUUAGCUUGUGGAGAUCUUAAUGGCUAUGAUUCUGACCGUUCAUAUCCACUUCCGAGUUCGGUGAAUGGCAGUUCAUACCAAAGCUUGGAUCCAGUGCAGCCCCCAAUUGCUCCUCCUUAUAAAACAGCCAUUGAACUGAAGAAAGCUUCCAGCCAUGAAUAUCUCCGGGGAGCCACCUCCAAAGUACAACCUCUAGCUGAAGCCUUCCGUCUGGUCUUGGAAAACCGACGGAAUACAUUCACCACGUUACUUCCGACACGGCACAAGAAUCUCAUGGGUGAUGAUGCACCAUUCCCUCUAGAACCAAAGCCUCUACCAAUCAGCCUUUCAUUCCUCGGCGUCAUCGAACCUACAUCAGAGUUAUACAUGAAAGAUAUCAUCGGCUUCUCGUAGAUGUCCGGGCUGAAGUUGACCCUCUUACUCCCCUUCCUCAACAUCUUUGAUGCAACAACAACAACAAGAGUAACAGGGAAAUGCAAGCAAGAAAUGGGUGCAUUUAUUGGAAGAAAGAAUUGAAAUACGCCAAGAAUAUAAAGAAAAAGAGGAAAAGAAAAAGUGUGUUGUGUUGGAAUAAGGAAGGGCAAGUGAGUAAAGAUGGUCUUUGUGAUGCUGGUGGGCUCCCGAGGCAUAUGGUUGACAAUUGAAUUGAUGACUAAACAUGUGAGAAUCUCUGGGCAUUGAAGCAAUCGAGAGUUGAUUGGAGGACAUCUCAUCUCAUUCUCACCAGCGUUGCUUUUGAGGAUUUGUUCUAUAUUUCAGCAUCUCUUUUUUUUUAAAAUUUUUAUUUUUAUUUUUUGAAGAAUAAACAUUGAUUGGAUUUCAGUUGUUAAUGCAAAAUUUAUUAAAGGAAAUAUAUUCGCUUGUUUGUAGCA